AGCGAGCGGGCAGGCGGCGGGCAGCGUCUCCGCCGGCUUCUGCGCGGCCGCCACUGCCUGGAGCCCGGGGACCGAGCGCUGGACCCGCCGCCUGGCGCACGGACGCGAGGCUCCCGCUUUGUGCUCCGUGCCGGUUCGACGAGGCUUCCCGGCGGUUGCGGCCACCGCGUCCCGGCGGCAUCGGAGGCCCGCGGCUGGAGGUGCCGGAGCCGCUCGGUCCGCGCGGCUGAGCCCCGCGUGCCCUGCUGCUCGCCGGGCUGCUCCGAGCCGCCGUGCUCCGGGGCUCCAAACUCGGGCUGGCGGGGAAAGUGUCUUCAUGAACCCAGAGGAUGUCCGGGAAGCACUACAAGGGUCCUGAAGUCAGUUGUUGCAUCAAAUACUUCAUUUUUGGCUUCAAUGUCAUAUUUUGGUUUUUGGGAAUAACAUUUCUUGGAAUUGGACUGUGGGCGUGGAAUGAAAAAGGUGUCCUCUCCAACAUCUCGUCCAUCACUGACCUCGGUGGCUUUGACCCUGUGUGGCUCUUCCUCGUGGUGGGAGGAGUGAUGUUCAUUCUGGGGUUCGCAGGGUGCAUUGGCGCACUUCGGGAAAACACCUUCCUUCUCAAGUUCUUUUCUGUGUUCCUGGGGAUUAUUUUCUUCCUGGAGCUCACUGCUGGGGUGUUGGCGUUUGUUUUCAAAGACUGGAUCAAAGACCAGCUGUAUUUCUUUAUUAACAACAACAUCAGGGCUUACAGAGAUGAUAUUGAUUUGCAGAACCUCAUAGACUUCACCCAGGAAUAUUGGCAGUGCUGUGGGGCUUUUGGAGCUGAUGAUUGGAACCUAAAUAUUUACUUCAAUUGCACAGAUUCCAACGCAAGCCGAGAGCGAUGCGGUGUGCCGUUCUCCUGCUGCACUAAAGACCCUGCGGAAGAUGUCAUCAACACUCAGUGUGGCUACGAUGCCAGGCAAAAACCAGAAGUUGACCAACAGAUUGUAAUCUACACGAAAGGCUGUGUACCCCAGUUUGAGAAGUGGCUACAGGACAAUUUGACCAUCGUGGCUGGUAUUUUCAUAGGCAUUGCAUUGCUGCAGAUUUUUGGGAUAUGCCUGGCCCAGAAUUUGGUGAGUGACAUUGAAGCUGUCAGGGCUAGCUGGUAGAACCCCGCGGCCCCUGCUGCAAGACACUGGACUGACUCCUCACUGACCCUCCUGUGCUGGCCGAUGGCGGGCUGCAGGGACCCAGUCACCGACCUGCAGCCCCACCUCACGGAGCUGCCAAGGACUUACUUUCUGUGGGGGUAAAACUGGGAAAUGCUGCUCACGGACGGAACUUCUAAAAAGAAAACCGGAAGAGUGUGAGAGCCGCCGCCGAGUCCCUCGCUGUGCUGUGACGGGCAGACGGACGGAUGCUACCAGAAAGGGAAAGGGGGUGGGGCGGGCGCUGCAUGCACUUGAAUCUGUGGAGAAGACAGUGCUGUCCACUUUUUGGCUAAAACUUACCCCUGACCCCACCCCCCAGGGCCAAGUGUUUUGAAAUCUCUCAACACACAUUUCCAGAAACUGUUGGAACUGCCCUCUGGAGAAGGAAACAGCUGUCCCCUGUGUUCAGAUGUUGAGAUGGGUGGAAGGGGUCACGUCCAGGGCGCACACUCUGGAGAGCCCCGUAAGGAAGCCAGGUGUUUGGGUGCAGCAGGUUAGGGUAGCAGACAUUGUGGUCCACGUUUCUGCAGGACUGAUCUUUCCUCUGAGAGGCCAGCCUGAGCUUUAGCAGUGACACCCAAGGAGCAAAUGAGGUUAAUGAGAGGCACCAACUAUACACCCUCACCCCACCUUACCAAACUAGUGCUUGGGUUCUUCAGAUACUCUGGAAUACUCUGGGCUGCGUUUCUGUGUUUUGUUUCUUUUUUAUUGGUUGUUAUUUUGGUUCUUGUUGUCUCCCAAAGGCAAAGGCUAUGAUACAGUCCUGCGUAAUGUUUUCUUACUCAGCUUAAUAGUGAGUUUGUGUAGAACCCUCACCUGCAUGCGCUGUGACCCUGAAUCCACCAUGUUGUUUUCCCGUGAGACGUGAGAGCAUUCAUCAGCGUUUAUGUCCUAGGUCCCCAGCCUUGGGUGGUUGUGGCAUGUUGUCCUAGCCAUGUCUUCAGAUGCCCCGUGGGCUCACUGUCUCUCCCGACAUCCAGCUCAGCAUUUUAAAUUACGUCUUCCUCACUGAAUGAUAUAAUGCCCAGUUCCAAAGCAGGGCUGACAUAGUCAAAAGGCAUUUAACGAUGGUUUUCUGCUUCUUACAAUUUUAGUUUUGCCAUAUGUUUAAAAACAAGACAAAACAAACCUAGUUUAGUGCACGGCCAGAGCUCUGUCCUCUUGAGGUGGCCUCAGGGUAGUAUCAAAGCACAAAUACUUGAGGGGCUGCACUGAGGCCCAGCUGGGGUUCUGUGACGCGAGGUGGGAAGCCAUCUUCAGGUCCUUCUGCCUCAUGCCCACUGGGUGGGUGGGUUUUGGCCCCAGAUUUUCACCCAGCUUGUGAUAUCCCCUGGGUAUUGCUAGCAUGGGGACCGGUUUUAGACCGUGGGUUUCUGGGAAGACUGCAUUUGCCAGCUAGCUUUCUGAGAGCAGGUUUAGCGAGGCUUUCUGUUUCCAUGACACGUGCAUCACUGACGGACAGUCUGCUCAGAGGGAGGGCAGGCACUCCCUUAAGGUCCCAUCUCCGCAGUUUGGGUGUGUGUGGCUCUGCAUGUAUGUAUCUGUGUCUGUUGUAGGUAGAGAUAGUCAUUCCAUAUGUGGACGCGAGGUCACGUGACCUCGCCUCUGUCCAUACCGUCGUUUGUGAUGUCUUUCAACAUGGACACUUGUGCUCUCGGAUCGGCACUCUGUCUUCUUUAUUACCUCAUUCUCCAGUGAACUGCAUCUGGCCAGUUUAUUCAGAAUCAGGCAAGAUCCCCACGCUGUGGUACACCAGUGAAAGCCAAGCCACAAGCCCAAGUGAGUUUUAAAUUUUAAUCACCCUUUAUUUUUUACACUCGAGAGUGAUUGUAAUAAAAGCUGUCGUUAAUAAACUUGGUUCUACCUUA